UGUCCGAUGUCCAGUAGGUUUGCAAUAACCCAGUUUUUUUACAGGUGAGUUUAUAAUAAUGACCAAAGAAGAUGAAAUUCCUGACUGGGCUGGAUCACAGGACUUCUAUGAGAAGUAUGAUCCAAAGGAGAUCCUUGGAAGAGGGGUGAGUAGUGUGGUUCGACGCUGCAUCCAUAAGCACGCCGCUCAGGAAUAUGCAGUCAAGAGAAUAGACAUCACGCCGUCAGAUAAGAUGAGCCCUGAGGAGAUCGAGGAGAUCAGAAAUGCCACAAUAAAGGAGAUAGACAUCCUCAAGAAAGUGUGUGGCCAAGAAAAUAUCAUUCAACUGAAGGAUUCCUUUGAAACUAAAGCUUUCUUCUUCUUAGUGUUUGACUUGAUGAAGAAAGGAGAGCUUUUUGAUUACCUAACCGAGAAGGUUACACUCAGUGAAAAAGAGACAAGGAAGAUUAUGCGGUCCCUGUUGGAGGUGGUUCAGUUCCUUCACUCUCAGAACAUUGUGCACAGAGAUCUAAAGCCAGAAAACAUCCUUCUGGAUGACAACAUGAACAUCAAACUCACUGAUUUUGGCUUUGCUGUGCAGAUUGCACCAGGACAAAAACUUAAUGAGGUAUGUGGAACGCCAGGCUAUCUAGCCCCGGAGAUCAUCGAAUGCUCUAUGGAUCCUCACCACCAGGGUUACGGGAACGCCGUCGAUCUCUGGAGUGCAGGGGUGAUCAUGUACACCCUUCUUACAGGUUCUCCUCCUUUCUGGCACAGGAAGCAGAUGCUAAUGCUGCACAUGAUCCUGACGGGAAGCUACCAGUUCACCUCUCCGGAGUGGGACGACCGUUCAGACACUGCCAAAGCACUGAUCUCCAGGUUGUUGGUGGUGAAUCCUGAGGCACGUUACACUGCCAUAGAUGCCUUAAACCACCCUUUCUUCCAGCAGUAUGUGGUCGCAGAGGUGCGACAUUUUAGCCCAUACAGGAAGUUCAAGGUAAUCUGCAUGACAGUUCUGGCAACAAUGCGCAUUUACUGCAAUUAUCGACGUGCCAAGCCAGUUACCAAAGAAGUGAUCAAGAGUGACCCCUAUGCAGUAAAGCCUAUUCACAAACUCAUCGAUGCCUGCGCAUUCAAGAUUUAUGGACACUGGGUAAAGAAGGGCCAGACACAGAACAGAGCUGCCCUGUUUGAGAAUAGUCCAAAAGCUAUUUUGCUUUCUCUAGCAGCGGAAACAGAUGAUUCAUCUCUCAGAAUGAUGUAAUAUACACACUACUGAAAACUACACAGGAUAACAUGUUCAAGAAAUGGGUAUGACAUCGAAACCUCAUAA